AUCCAGAUCUCCAUGCUCCAGCUGAAACCUCGAGUUUCGGCAUUAACCCGGCUUUCAGCCGAGGUUCGAUCUGCAUCGCAAUGGAUCAAAGCAAGUAACUCUAAAACACCAGACGACAUCAAUGUUGAGAAACUCUUCGUUGAGAAGGAAGUGCAAAAGCUACUGACGGAUUUAACAGAAAUUGAUUUGGAGCACAAAGUGUUCAGACCGCGAAGAACUUCGAUUCAACAAAGAUCUCAUUUCGCUCUUAUGACUGAAGAACGACUUGAAAAGACUCGAGAGCGUAUGCGUGAAGAAGCUCGCAGAUUCCUACAAUUUGUUCCAGUGAAAGAACCUCGCGAGGAGAGUGUUCAGAUCCUCGCCAAAGAUCUCGAAUUGAAGGAUUUUGACACUAGCAAAUUCGUAUUCACUGAUAUCACUUUCGAUGCGACCGACCAGGAUCGUACUGUAGUCGUGAGAGAACCCGAUGGUACAUUGAGAACUGCGAAUCCAGAAGAACAUGAUCGAAUGAACAGAACUUAUUAUCAAAAACCGAAUCGUUCUGUGAAUCCUCCACCACUCUUCUCGGAUCCAAAUCUACAAAAUGCUCUUGAUAAGAAUGAUCACGAAUUCGUUCUAGACUGGGCUUGCUGGUUUUACGAGCCUGACGAUCCGGCCUAUGUUCGUUUGAGUCAACUCGUAUUUGAUCGUAUCAAUGAAUCUGGUAAAUUCCAUGUCGUAACCUCAACUCGUCACUUUGGACCAUUCACUUUUUAUUUGGCACUGAACGAUAACAUUCAGAAGCUUUUGAACUAUUUUGGUGGACUUGGAAGAUUAUCCGACUGUGCAAAUCUUGUGAGACUUCAGAAGGCUGUUCGUCCCGAUUGGAGAGUUACAAUUGCUCAGGGAGAUUCUGAUGAGAAGAUUGUAAAGGAUUUUGCGAAGCAGAAUGCUCGAUUCCGAGAUGAAAUUCAGGAUCUUUUGAAUUUUAUCAACAAUGGAAAAUUGAAAUCAGAUCAGGAGCAGACGGAGCACGUGAGGGAACGAUUUGGAGUACGAGUGGACAAGAGAAAAGCACGCAUCACUUCAGCCAAUAUUCGUGGAGCCGAUGGACCACUUGGUGAUUUGAGCAGUGAAUAUUCGGUGAAAGUGGUGAAGAGUGAGGGAAGUGGACGUGAAGGAGGAGGAGGUGAAGAGAAUAAGAAAGAUGAAGGAGGACGUGGUGGUGGAAAAGGACGAUGGAGAAGUAGGGAAAAGAGAUCAGAUGAUGAUGGAAAGAAAAAAGAAUGAUGCUUUCUAGAUAGAGAUUUAAAGUGAAAAUUGAAAUAAUUUUUGUAUUUAUUAGGAUUUUAGCUAUCUAUUGUUUUUUUUCAUUGUUUGUUUUCAUUUUAUUCUUUUUUUUUUAAUUCUCGUUUUUUUGUUUUUUUUUCUAUGAAAUUUACAGAUUUUG